AUGAGCGUGCAGUUCAUACCAGAGAGAAUCACAGCACAGACGCUCACAGCCACUUCUGGACUUCACGAAUAUCAGGUACUGGAUGGACUCGAAAAAACAAUUAUUUCAUAUUUAAGAAGAUUUGGCACAAGUUGAAAAAACUGUGGGUGAAUAUGCGUGUCUCAACAGUACUGUUUGGCCUCGCCCACUUCACGAGUCUAUUGGCUGCUGCGGUGAUGAGUCAUGAGGGGGCGUGUCUGCAGGGCGGGAAACACAAGGCCACGCCCAGUCCAGAGCCCUAUCUGAAGGAGUGUUCCCUCUACAGUGAGAAUUCAUGUUGUUCAGAGCUUGAUAUCCAGGAUCUUUCUGGUUCUGUGUCUGGUGUGGAGAACUCUUUUUGGGAUAAGUGUGGUCUUCUGAGCCCUAUCUGCGAGUCUUUCCUGAAGCGAGUUGUUUGUUUUUAUCGCUGUUCGCCUGAUGCUGCUCGUUGGCCACACCCACAUCAUGACUCCUCCCUGAAGGCGGUACCUCUGUGCCACAGCUUCUGUAGAGACUGGUAUGAGGCCUGUAAAACAGACAUGACGUGUGCUCGAGACUGGACCACUGACCCACGAGGACAGAACUGCACCGGUAGCUGUGUGCCAUAUCAACAGAUGUAUCAGCACGGACGAGAUCUCUGUGAGAGUCUUUGGAGCGACGCUUUCAUGACCAUUGAAGAUGACCCCGGGGAGGAAGAUGGAGUCGAAGGUCAUAGCUGUGGCUGUCUGACCCUUAGCCCCUCAGAUCUGGAUGUAAUCGCAGCCCUGAGGGUUCAGGAGAAUGACCCAGAAGAACUGGACACCACUAAGAGCGGACUGCGGCAGUACCGAGCUCCCUGCCCCCCCACGCAGCCUCAGACACGCAGUGCAACAGCGCCACCACAGGCCCGGAGGAGCAAUGACAACACAGUGCUGCGGAAACGCUCUGUACUGGCCAGUGAUACGGAGGGCAGCGGGAGUGGCUUCUAGAAUCCUUCUGUUCUAGAUUGGUUCUAGGUCUGCUGAAUAUUCGAUAACAGAGAUUAUUUAAUGUUGUGAAUACUGCGUAGAAACUUCUGUAAAAUAAAAAAUUAGGCCAUGAUUGGACAGUUCCCUGAAUAACUCAAUCCCACAUUAUUUUUAUCUUUAUGUGCGUUAUCUUUGAGCAUACCAUUACAUAUAUCUAACUGUUAAAUUUAAAGAAAACUAGUGUUCUAAGGUUUGUACAGUUAUUCUACUGUCUGUGUGACAUAGUUGGCAAAGAAAUCCUAUUUAUGCUAGGGUGCUCUGGGUGGUUGUUAGGGUGUUUUGGGUGGUUGCUAGGGCAUUCUGUGUGGUUGCUAGGGUGUUCUGGGUGGUUGUUAGGGUGUUUUGGGUGGUUGUUAGGGUACUCUAGGUGGAUGUUAGGAUGUUUUGUGGGGUUACUAGGUGGCUGCUACUUUUAAAUAAACAAAAGAGUCCACCCCCAAGUCUCUGAAUUUCUGUCGUAGGGUUUGGGUUCCUCCUUUAAUGUAAAUCUAGGGGAAUUUUUCAAAGUUUUAUUAUCCACUAGAUUAAAAUUUUAAUUGUAAUCACCUAGUAAAGUAAUAGCACACUUCUCCACAUGAUUUGAGCUACCAUUCAUGUCUAUAGCAAAAAAACAAUGGAGGAAGAGUUAAACUCUGAAGUAUAAUACUUGUGUUUGGGGUUUUGUUAAAAUAGGUUACAGUAAUAGUGAUGCUUGACAAUGCCACCAUUGCAGAUCAACUUACACACUCUCUACUGUAUAUUACACACACACUCUGAUCUGUAAUUCAUGUCUGUGUGUUGUUAAUAUUUUGCGUAAGUGUCUUUAAAGGGUGUUUAAGUGAAAAUACAAUUAUGAUCCUGCUGUCAUGUAAUAUUUCUUGAGGUCUACUGUCUGCAGAAUAUGAGUACAACACUGUAAAACAGUAAAGCUGAGAAAUACUGUGAAAGAAUAGUGUAAAACAACAACAACAACAACAACAACUUUUUGACUCGCAGUGUCUUAACUGCCAGGUUAUCUGUCUGUAUGUAAAUGGAAACGUGUGAAUGUGAGGAAUCUGAUGUUUAAUGUUUUGUGGCUGCUAUAAGUAAAAAACAAUUUGUAAUCGGAA